UUAUCAGCUGUAUUUGUUGUCAGUUUUUUUUUUUUGUGUAUAUUAAUAUCGCAGUUUUUAAGAAUAAUUGCUGGAUUUUAUAUAUAUUCCCAUAAAAACAUUGCAAUUACAAUGGCACAAGUAACAUUUUUAGAUAAAUUACUCCAUGAAUAUUUGGUAUUUCGUGGAUUUUCAAAUACUAUAAAAGCCUUAGACCAUGAACAAAGAAAUGAAAAGGAUCAAUCUUUUCGGGCCGAAAAAAUAAUGGAACAAUUUAAUCAGCAUAUACAAAUGCACGAUUUGCAGGCGUUAUUGACCUUAUGGAAACAUUUGGAUACACAUUUGUUUAGUAAACUAGAACAUACUUAUGCUAUGGCCGUUAAAAAGUUGGAGAAUAGCUUAUUAAAACUUUACUUGGUCACGGCCUAUAACCAUAAUAAAACCGACAAAAUAUCCGAAUUCUUUACAAAAUUGGCGGGAGAAUUACAGCAACAAAGCGAAUGGAAAGACUGGUUUUAUUUCCCUUUCUGUCGUAAUGCUGAAGAAUCGCCCACUUUUUCUUUAUACUUUAGCAAACAGUGGCAAGACACUUUACAAUUGUCUUUACGCAAUUUCCUGGCCACCAUCUAUCAGUGUUUGCCGCAACCCACUUUCGUUAGAGUGGAACAGGAAGCUGCUCUUAUAAGACGUUUACAAGAAGAGAAUGCCUUGCUUAAGUCACGACUUCAGCAAACUCUGCAACAACAGCAACAGCUAUCGGCCUCAGUAAGUUCUCAAAAUUUGAAUACGAUUUCAGGCGUUGCUAUGGGUGAUCAUGCUGCUGCUAAACGUCGUUCCUCGUGUCGUCCUCAACAGAGUUUAAGUGAUAUUUUGCCAUUUGAUAUUAGUCCUCCGGGUCAUGUGGUCGAUGAUUUUUGUAUAAUUGCCACUGAAGUGAAUAGCGUAUCGCAGGCUAGUGAUGCUCAAUCAAGAGGUUUAAAAAUGCUUAUACGUAACAUUGGCAGUGGAGGUUCUCCAGUAAUGGGCCGUAAAGAUAAUGUCGUUGACAAAUCCUCGAAACGUCGUUCGGGUAGUGUUGGAAGGAAUUGGAUGUAAUAUGUUUUUUUUUUUUUCAUUGUAA